UUCAGCGGAAUUUAUCUCGUGUUUUUCCGGUCGAUGCUCAACACUUGGGAAAUGUUUUGCAGUCGAAUUUCUCGUGUUUGUUAUUUUUUUUGAUUGAUUGUUUGGCUGGAAUUGCGAAAGUGGGGAAGUCAUUCGGGGAGAUGAAGCCUGCGCCGGAUCCUAAGGAGGUUCAGCACUUCCAGUUCAAGGAAUCGGGGUCCCGGCAGGUCUGCGAGGCCCUGAAGCCGAUCCCCAGGGCGUGCAGCCUGCUGGCAACCGACUGCAAGCGCGGUCUGAUCUACGCGGCCCACAGGAACUCGAUCACAGUCCUCCCCUGUUCCGAAUCCCCCCCGACCCACCACCUCCAGCACUCCCUCCCCCUCUGCAUCACGCGGAUCUCCCUGAGCUGUGACUUCUCCUACCUGGGGGUGACCUUCGCCUCCUCGACAGCGCACAUCUACUCGGCGUCGUCCCUCAGCAAGCACUUCCCAGAGCUCCUCCACGAGAUCCAGUUGUCCUCCUCCCCCCAGUCAGUCUUCGCCUACGACCUGAAAUGGAACCCCUCGAUCCCCGGGAAUUUCUGCACAAUCUCCAGCGACGACUCCAUAGGCUCGUUCUCCCUCAAGCUGGAGCAAAAGUCGACAGUGAGCAUAACAGCCCUGGAAAAAAUCCAGGGGCUCUCCCCCACCUGCGUCGCCUGGAGCCCAAAGGGCAAGCAGCUGGUGGUCGGCUGCAAGAACGGCAGCAUAAUCCAGCUCAAGCCGGAGCUGAAGGUCGCGAGGAGUCUGCCAGGUCCCUCCCCGAGCCUGGGCGAGGCCCUGGAGAUAACCUGGAUCAGCAACUACCAGUUCUGCGCGGCCUACUCCGACCCCUCGGACCGCCGAAUAAACGUCCUGAUAAUCGACGCGCCCAAGGGCGAGGCCACGGCGACCUUCACGAACUACGAGGACAUCACCUUCGGCAUGCCCCCGGGGGAGGACGCCCCCAGGUACUACAUGGAGCACAUCCCCGAGUGGAACGUGAUCCUGGCGGGGAGCAGUUGCAGCUCUGAGGUGGCGCUGCUGGGGUCGAACGACAACGGCGUCAGCUGGGAGCAGUGGCUGCUGAUCGACAGCGGUAGGGCGGGUCUGCCCUGCAUCCGAGGGGACGAGACGUUCCCCGUGGGCAUCAGCAUCGACAAGUCCCCGCAGGAGGUCCUCCCCUGGGACGACGGGGGCUCUCUCCCCCACCCGAUGCCGAUGCUCCACAUCUUCGACAACUCUGGGAGAAUGAUGUCAUUCCACAUGGUUAACUUGGCCCCCAGUGCCCCCACGUUGUGCUCGGCCCCUUGGGAACCAGUGACGAUAGCCUCUCCCCCCCCUCCCCAGGAGCAGACCCCCAGGACGAGUUUGCUGCCCUCGGAAAUAUCUUUUGCUGUGAGUUCGGCAGUGACGAGCACUCCCAGACCGAAGGCGAGUGAGAUCGUUGGGGUCAAGCCCCAGGUCGCCGCGAACCUCUUCGAGGAGAGGAUGAGGUCUGCUGCUGGCCAGGGGGUUGUUCCCCCUGCGCCACCUGCAGGGCAGCCCCAGCUCCCCCAGAGCAACCAGAAGCCCAGGGCUGACCUGGUGGAGUCAGUCCAGAAAGUGGAGAGUCGUCCACCGAAGGAUCAGGGACCUCCCCCUCCAGAGAAACCCCUCAUCGACGAGAGCAUCUGCCUCCGGGUUUACAGGGAAGAGCACAGUCUAUUCGAGAGUGAGCUGAAGCAGAAGCUCGAGCCCCAGACCUUCGAGUGUGGCACUGAUGACGAGAAGAAGAGGCUGACAGUGCUGUCAACCCAGAUCGAGGACUUCCUCGGGGAGCUCAGGGAGACCACCAGCAGCCUCUCCAGCGACAUAUCGUACCUGAAGGCUCUUCUGCUCCAGUCCUUCGCCUGGAUCGAGGAGACCAAGUCCAGGAACUCGUCGAAUCCCCUCGACAAUCGGGAGCGCCACGACAAGACGAAGAUAAAGGAGCUCCAGCGCUCGUAUUUCAACACUCAAUCGCAGCUGGUGCAGGCGACGAAGGCCCUGGACAUGGACUGGGCCGAGUGUCAACUUCGGGAAAAAUCGAAGAUGAAGAUCCCAAGCCUGGAGUUCGUCUACCAGAGCCUGAAGCGUCACGCGGAGAUAAUCGCCAAGGAGAAAGCGAACUUGGAGGUUCACAUUCAGAAGUGGAGAGUGCUGUCGAGGAGCUCCAGGGUGACGAGUCUCAACCGUUCGAUGUCGAAGCUGAGUCUGGGGAAGGGUUCGUUGAGCGCAGUGAAUGGAGCCAGCGUCGAUGGGAUUGAGAUUCGCUGCAGGACAAUCGCCAGCAACACCAAGAACUUCAGCAGAGACAAGCAAAUUAAGCUGAGGGACAUUCUGCUGCAGACGAAAACGAGAAUCGUGAGGACGAUGAAUCCGUCGCCAGUGCAGGACAGGCUGGAGGCUACACUGUCCUCUCUGGCGUCGCUGAGUCCAGUUCCAGCUCCAGCGAAGCCCAGGGCAGUUCCCAAGGUGAUCCCAGAACGUGCGAUCCAGACUCCAACGACAGCUAAACCCUCGUCGAGUUUUCUGGGUUUAUCGAAACCUCAGGCUGCAGCGAGUGCUCCUGCAGCUGCUGCUCAGCCCUCGGCGUCGAUUCCCCCUCCAGCAGUGGAGAAAUCCGUUCCGUCGAGUCCUCUGGCCUCGCUGAACUCAAUCGUAGCGCAGAUUGGGGGAUCUGGGGAUAAGAAGCCGUCGAUUCCCUCGAGUAAAUCCCAGCCUCUGCAGUUCUCCAUGGGCUUGCCGUUCUCCCAGGGCUUCGAGGCUCCAGAGAAGAGCAAUCUCUCUUCUAAUUUGCAACUGGGGAAGCCUGUGGCUCAGGUCAGCGUCCAGCCUGCUGGGAGCCAGCCUCCAGCGCCAUUCUCCAAGAUCCUGAACGUCUCCUUCGGGAGUGGUGAGCAGAAAUCAGGGGAGAAUGCAUCGAACUCCAGGGAGAGUGCCAGCAAGACCGAGAGUAUUUCAUUUGGCAGCAAGGACGCCCAGUCAGCUGCCAGCACUAGUCUCUUCUCUGAGGGUCUCUUCAAAACCUCAGGGCUGACGAUAACGAAGACACAGCAGUCGCCUCCACAGGGUCAGGGGUCGACCCUGGGGCCAGGUCUGUCGAUCUCGUUCAAGGAGAAUCCAGCUGCGACCACUCAGAGUGUCUUCAGCUUCGCCAGUCCCCCUGCGUUCUCCACUCCAGCGGCGACAGUGCCGUCCUCCAGCCAAGGGGCCCUCGACCUCUCAGGACUGACGGUUGGGUUGUCAGGGAAAACAGCAGCUGACACGACCUCGACAACGUCAAUGUUCGGAAAGUUGUCGAUUCCAACUCCUAAUUUAGCUUUUGGAAAAUUCCCCAGUGGUCCCACAGCUUCAGCAGCUCCAACAGCUUCUCCAGGGGCUCCAGCAGCCCCCCAAGAGGUGAAAGUCUCCGUGAGUUUGCCAGCAGGAACAACAAUAGAGAAACAGCCAGUCACCACUUCGUCGACUCCAGUGUCAUCCCCAUUAUUUGGGACUUCGAAGCCAUCUGGAAGUAUUUUCGGUGGCCAGAGCGGCCUCUCCUCCUCGAUGUUCGGCGGAGCAGCUGCCAGCACCUUCCCAACCCCCACGUCACUGCCGUCGACGUUCAAUUCUCCUCAGCCUGCGGCCCCCGCAGCCACCACAGCCCCAGCGUUUGCCGCCAGCCCCUUCUCCCCAGCUUCUGUGACGACAGCCCCAGCCACGACUGUCUCUCCCUUCGGUGGCUCUCCGACCUUCAGCUCGGCCUUGAACACUGGAAUGUCAAGCCUCAACUUCGGGAAAUUAACUUCUUCAGGGGACUCAGCCCCUGCCGCCUCCAUCUUCGGUAUGAGCUUCGCUGCGCCGACGACGUCGUCCCCAGGAUCGAUUUUCGGACAGGCCUCGUCGGUCCCCUCGUCGUCCACAGCCGGUUCCAUCUUCGGGAAGGCCUCCAGCACGACGACAGCCUCAGGCUCGAUCUUCGGACAGCCCUCGACGGUUUCACCAGUGACCACAGCCUCGGGGUCGAUCUUCGGAGGCGCCUCCACCACGACGACGCCCUCAGGCUCGAUCUUCGGACAGCCCUCGACGAUUUCACCAGUGACAACAGCCUCAGGACCGAUUUUCGGAGGGGGAGGGCUCCCCCAGGGCCAGACGAGUCCAGCGGGUGGGAUUUUCGGGGCUCAGGGAGGGGGUAAUUCUAUAUUCGGGGGGUCCCCAGGGCCGUCAGCAGGAAUUUUCGGGGGAGGAGGACAGGCCCCAGCAGCGGAGGGGGGUUCGAUCUUCGGGGGCGCCCCUGCAGCUCCCUUCGGCUCCCCAACGUCUCCAUCGAUGUUCGGGGGUGCGAAACCCACUGGUGGAAGCAUCUUCGGGGGUUCCGCCACCUUCGGCUCCCCAAUGGGGCCACCAACGUCUCCCCCAGCUCCGGCCUUCGGUGGAGCGCCUGCUUUCGGGGCUAAACCGGUCUUCGGAGCAGCUCAACCUGUCUUCGGCUCCCCCAAACCUGAGUUCGGGGGGAAUGCCUUCGGGGGACAGCCGACUUUUGGAAAUCCUGGGGGUUUCACCACUUCGCCAACAAUGGGGGGAUCCCCUGGGCUCGGGGCUCCAGCCAUGGGGAAGGUGUUUGGAAGCCCUGGGAACUCGACGUUUGAAUCACUCGCUGGACAGAAUGGGGGCAUGACUUUUGGGAGUUUAGCGCAGAAGAGCCCGGAAAAACCUCCUCCACCUGCGUUCAGUGGGGGCAGCUCUUUCUCCAGUUGGCGAUGAUUGAGUUCUCAAAUUAUUUACAUUUUUAUUUUAUAGUUCAGACGAUCUUCAUUGAAUUACACGAUCAUGCUCAUUUCUUAUUAAACGAAAAUAAAUGGAAAAUUGUGAAGGAUUAUUGGUGAAUAAAAAAUAUUUUUAGAA